GGAAGCGGCGGCGGUGGUAGUUCCGGUGAGACCAAGAGGACUUGCGUUGAUUGCGGAACAUUCCGAACUCCUCUCUGGCGAGGUGGCCCUGCGGGACCUAAGGUGAGAUCACGCAAACCCCAAACAAGUUCAAAUCUUCUGGAUCAUUGGUUUAUUGGAUCUGCUCAGCGGGAUCGCGAAAUAGCUUCUGAGUACGAUCAAAUGAUAUAUUCACAA